CCUGUCUCCGUAGGUCAAUCUGGAACUGACCUCUCUGCUUGAUGGGGAAGAUAAAAAAUCUAAAAACAAGCGCGGAGUUCUCCCGAAACAUGCAACCAACAUCAUGCGUUCAUGGCUCUUCCAACACCUGAUGCUGCACUCCAGGCGGAAGCACCCGGACAUACCGCACCCAUACCCAACAGAGGACGAGAAGCGGCAGAUCGCUGCGCAGACCAACCUCACCUUACUGCAAGUCAACAAUUGGUUCAUCAAUGCUCGGCGGCGUAUCCUCCAGCCCAUGUUGGAUGCCAGUAAUCCAGAUCCAGCACCAAAAGCGAAGAAGAUAAAAUCUCAGCACCGGCCAACGCAGAGGUUCUGGCCCAACUCCAUCGCAGCUGGAGUCCUACAGCAACAA